AUGAGCCUGCAACAUAUUGUGGGCGCAGGAGCAUGCAAAGCUUGUCGCGGCCGCAUCACAAAGUGUUCGACCGAACGUCCCCAAUGCUCAGAGUGUCGGAAGCGGCACACGCCAUGCAACUACGCUCAGCCUCCGGUCCGGCCCGUCGCUACCACGCGCAGACACCAUGGCCAGGUGCACUCUGCGGGCACCAGCCGUGCACUCGAGCGUGUCUUCGCCCACCUGCGCACCCGGCCCCUGCCUAUCGCCCAUGAGACACUUGGCCAACUUCGUCGCGGCACUGACGUGCAUGCGGUUCUACGCUUCCUCGAGUAUGGCAGCCUCCGCCUCCAGCUCAUGCUGGUCCCGGACACGACUUACCAAUUCACCCUGCCCUAUCUUGCUGACAUGAUGCCACUGUUUGACGGCACUGACAAUCCGUAUCUGACCUCGAGGCUGUACAAGGCCCUGUCGCACGAGACUGCACACCAUGGCACCGAAAUCCAAGAGCAGACAUACCACGCUAUCUACCACGUGCCCUAUCCCGGCGCCCGCAUGUAUGAUCCCCGAAUGUCCCCAGACUCCCUGAGGCCCUCGAGGUGGACAUCGAUCAGUCAUGACGACGUUUUUCUUACUCGCCUUCUCGAGGACUACUUCCUCUAUGAGUUUCCUCUCUGGCCCUGCUUCCACAAAGACCACUUCCUCGACGACAUGACCACUGGAAGAAAUGAUUAUUGUUCACCGCUUCUUGUUAAUGCCAUUCUCACCGCAGCCUGCCACGGAGCAGGCUCGCUCAAUCAGAGAUCUGAGUUCUGGAACCCCGACACCUACAGCUAUCGGUGCUUGGCUGAGACCAGACGGCUGUGGGAGCUGCAACAUUCGCAGCAAGUGUAUAACCUUACAUCCGCCCAAGCAGCCACCAUCCUAGGCCGAAUUUAUUUCGCCAAUGGUAUGGAUGAGAUGGGGUGGACGACAUGGACAUACGCGCUAGAGCUUGCAGAUAGACUAGAGUUAUUUGCUAAGGCUGCGGAAUACAAAACCGAAAAGGAUCGCGUUUCAAGAACCCUUACAGCAUGGGGCAUUUUUUCUCAGCAAGCGUUCUCUUGUUUUUACCUCAUGAAGCCCCCACUGUCCCGAAUUCCGCCUGAGGAUGGCUUACCGGACUAUCGAGACGCACAGAAUUUCUUUGGCGAGAUUUGGGUCAAGUACCCUCUUGCGACACAUCUGACCCCCAUCCAUCUGGGUCAGACUUUCCUGGCGCUCAUCAAGCUGAGAUGCAUCAUGAAUGACAUAGCUGGAAAGGCACUCCCAGAAGGCGACAGACAGAACGAUCUUGGCCUUCAGCAGGCCGGCCGUUAUCACACCAUGCUGGUCCAAUGGUUCUAUGAUCUGCCAGAGCCACUGCAAUCUCACAAUAUUGCCAUGCCAACGCAACUUCUCUUACAUAUGCAGUUUCAUAACCUCGUAGCUAUGACUUUUCAGCCGUUCCUGCAGCACGAGACCCCUCUCGACCAACCGCACGAUAAAGGAGCAUUCGAGGUUGAUGCCGGCUUCAGCCCAGCGCGAUUGUAUGCCGCCUCCAAAGCGAGUCUUCAAACGCUUCUCCACAUGUUUUACCAUCGUCACGGCUUCGAAGCAUACUAUAUCUUUCUACUCCAAAUCUUCGUUCAGCUGGGCUUUGACUCGAUAGAGCGCCUGCGUACCCCGGAGGCGCGGCAAGAGCAUUUCCCGGCCAUAAUGAAAGCCACCAGAGCUACACUCAUACUGUGCGCCAAGGGCUUGCGCGACCAAGGUCGAAACUUUUUUCUAUCCGAGCUCGUGUUCCGCAUCCUGCGCGAUAAGAUGAAUCCUGUUGAUGUGAAGUUGCUCAAGGACUGGGCACGCAUCAAGGACGAAGACAAGAGGGAAAAGUCGAUGCUAGAGCACGUGCAUAGCGAGUACCCUGUGAAUGUGCAGUCGAUUAGCUCGAAUCCUGCUGACCGACGUCUCAAUCGGCUGUUGCAGUCUAUGGGUGACCUCAAGCUCCCUAACGACACUGCCGAACCAACGCAGCAAGAUAGAACAUCGAGGACGUGGCGAAGUAUCGUAUUCUGA